CUAUUCCUUCAAUCUACCCUUUAAUGCAUAUCACCUGCUUAUGUUACUGCACAUGUUGGCAGUUCAAAGGUGAGUAUUGAUUGACAACAAGAGAAAAACCAAGACAUUCUCUUGUCGGCAUCAAUGUAUGUCCAAAUUGGAGUCUUUCAAACUCUAUCAACAAACUAUAAGAACCACAUUUCCACCACAUGAUUUAUGGACCCUUUUUACAACAACAACAUAGUCAGUAUAGUCUCAACAAGUAGGGUUUGGAAGGGUAAGUGUACGCAGUUUAUAUCACUACCUCAGAGGUGAGAUAGAGAGACUGUUUCCGAUAGUCCCCCGGCUCAAGAUAAAACAGUUUAUAAAAGAAUUAACUACCCUUUUUCAAUUCUUAAUUUGCCACUCUAUCAAUUAAGAAGUAGCAAAUGAUGACUACUCACAAAGCUCAUUGCUUGAUUUUGCCAUAUCCAGUCCAAGGUCAUGUCAAUCCAAUGCUCCAAUUCUCCGAACGUGUACAAUCCAAAGGUGUCAAAAUCACUAUAGCACCAACAAAAUCCUUCUUGAAAAACAUGCAAGAAUUGCCAACUUCCUUGUCAAUCGAGGCCAUAUCCGAUGGCUAUGAUGAUGGUGGCCACGAUCAAGCAGAAUCUUUCGUAGCCUACACAAAACGAUUCAAAGAAGUUGGCUCAGAUACUUUGUCUCAGCUUAUUCAAAAAUUAACAAAUUGUGAAUGCCCUGUAAAUUGCAUGUCUUGUGCAGUGGAUAAUAUUUACUACCAUGCACAUAAAGGGAUACUAAAACUUCCUCCUACUCAAGUUGAUCAAGAAAUUAUUAUUCCUGCAUUAUCAAGUACAACGGAGGCAUCAGAUGUACCUGGUUUCGUUACUAAUCCGGAAGCAGAAAGAAUAUUUGAAAUGUUGUCGAUUGGGCCCUAAUCAACGGCUUCUACGAGUUGGAGAAAGAGGCAGAUCCUAGUAUUAGUCCGACCUGCGGUGGUUGAUCACAUGCUGUGAGAGAUGAAAAGUUGAGGUAUUGGUGAGUUCUAGAGUUUGGGGUGGAUUUCAGACCUCUUCAUUUUUUAUCUUGUCUUUAUUUAUAUUUAGAGACAGAGUUAUGUAUUUUAGAUUUUGAUUUUGUAUUAAAUGCUCUUUAAAUUUAUGACACUAGGUCUUGGGAUUUGAUAUUUUUUUGAAUAUUUAUGCUAUUAUCAUAUUAUGGUCU